AUGGGGCACAAGUUCUCCUGCCUGAAAGGUUUGAAGACGUGUGUGAGCAGCAGGGAGGACAGCGAGGGGACCCCGGUGACACCCCCGGGGAACAACCACCUGGACGUGCCCUCCAUCAUCGUCACUCCCCCCACGCCCACGGGAACCGCCCUGUCCCGGGAACCCCGGCAGGGAGAUCUGGGUCCCUUCAACCCCGGCCUGCCCGUGGAGGUGCCGGCCUGGUUGGCCAUCAGCCUGAAGCAGAGGCAGAAGUGUCGGCUGGUUCCCCCCGAGUGGAUGGAUGUUGAAAAACUGGAGGAAAUCCGGGACCAGGAACGCAAGGAGGACACCUUCACUCCCAUGCCCAGUCCCUACUACAUGGAGCUCACAAAGCUGCUGUUAAACUAUGCCUCAGACAACAUCCCCAAAGCCGACGAGAUCCGCACGCUGGUGAAGGAGACGUGGGACACGCGGCUGGCCAAGCUGCGGCUGUCGGCAGACAGCUUCGUCAGGCAGCAGGAGGCUCAUGCCAAGCUGGAUAACUUAACCCUGAUGGAGAUCAACACAACUGGGACUUUCCUCACUCAAGCCUUGGACCACAUGUACAAGCUCAGGACUAACCUUCAGCCUGGUGAGAGUGCCCAUUCCCAGGAUUUCUGA